AUGACAAGUAAACGUUUAGAUGCAGUAAAGCUAGCCAAGAGUUCACGUUGGGAUGAAUUACGACGUCUUGUUGAUGUAGAACCAUUAACAGCUCAACAAGUAGAUUCCUAUGGUAUGUUACCACUUCAUUGGGCUUGUACGGAACCUCAAUCCAUAAGUGAAGGUGUCUUAUUAGCGUUACUUAAGGCCUAUCCCAUGGGUGCACGUGUAUUAAAUACAGCCGAGAUGUUACCAUUACAAAUUGCAAUUAAAGCACAAGGACGGAUUGAAUGGUUACAAGCAUUAUUAGCUUCUUAUCCAGAUGCAGUCUUAAAGAAAACACCAAAUGGUGAAAAUUCAUUGGAACUGGGAAAGAAAGCAGGUUUACCAUAUCGUAGUAUGAAACUAUUGGAAGAAAUGUAUCAUCAUGUGUGUGCAAAGGAAGGAAUACCGGAUCAAUUGAUGAUGGAAGAACAAGAAGUGAAGAAAUUUAUUGUAAAAGAAGAAGAAGAGGAAGAAGGAGGAGGAGGAGGUAGAGAAGGUCAGGAGCAAGAGGUCGAAGAAGAAUUACGACCAUCGGAAAGGUUUCAAGCGAUUGCAGGAGAUUUACCAGUGUAUCAAAAAUACAGUUAUGGUAUCCACUUUGGACAACAACGACCACGUCGAAUGAGCAGUACAGCAUCCUUAAAAAUGCGAUCGUUUUCAGAUAAUGAAUUCUAUACACAACCGAUGAAUGUCAUGUUUCAUGCAAAUGGAUUAAGUCCAUGGUCACCACGGAGAACUGUGACGGAAAGUGUUAGACCACAGUCGAUUGUAUCCCAACGACCAUCAACAACAGUACGAGGUACUGUGUCGUUACCACCACGUUGGAUGAAUGCACCAAGUUGUAGUAUCUGUUCUCAGAAAUUUGGUACUUUCAAGAAACGACAUCAUUGUCGUAAUUGUGGACAAUCUAUCUGUCGAGACCACUCGGCACGUGAACGGAUGAAAUUACCUCAUUAUGGACUAAAUGAUCGCCAUCGUGUAUGUGUUGUAUGUCAUGAUAUGCUGCGCAAUGCUAGUCGCCAAAUGAAUCGACAACAGACGUUUAUGCCUACUGGACAGCGCGUUGGCCCGCAUUCGCGAGUUAGUCAGGCUUUUGGUGGCGAUGCUCGUCGUUCGGAUGAAGCGCAGCGUUCGCCACCGGGAAUGCUCGAACGUCAUGUAUCAGCACCGGCACGCGCAUCAAACUCCAUCGGUGUACCCUACCGAGCUGGAAAUGAAGCUGCCGUCAAUGAACAGGUCGCAAAUCUGCAGAAACAGGUCUCACAGCUCAUGGAGGAGAAGCAACAAGCAGAGAUGCAGUUGCGUGCUCAGGCUGAAAUGCUGAACGAUCCCGAUCGUCUCACGAAUGUUUCUCGCAGCAGCAAUACGAGUGGUGGCAGCGGUGCUGGUAGCAUACCGAUGUCGCGUGAUCGUCAGAACUCUUUACCGAUGCCGAUGCACACAAACUCCUCUGGGUCAGCUACACCCUGUGGAGGUCCAGUGCCUAACCCUGGCAUUUCGAUGUAUCGCUCCACAGGUCAACUUUUAUACAAAACCCGGAGCGCUGGCAAUUUUCGGCUAGCACGCGAGAUAGAUAUUGAUAGUCCCGACUUUGAUAAUCUCCAAUUACAACAACAACAAAAACAACAACGCCAUCAGCAGUCGUCGCGUUCCAACUCAAAUGCGGUAAACCCUGCACUGCAAAGGACGACACGGCUCCAAGAUGCAUUAAACACAAUUGCCGCUGUAGAGUCCACCUACGACGACAUUGAUGGAUCGGAUUCCGAUUCUGAUAUUGAGGGACGCCAGACCGACAUUGAAGACCUUCAUGAUGCUGAUGCUGAAGUUGACGAUGUUGUAACGGAGUACGUGAUUGAUGAUGAGGAAGAGGAGGAUGACGAUGAUGACGAGGAAGCGGUAGUGGAAGCAGCCAAAGCUGCAACUGUUGCAGCAAGCGACGAGGCACAAGUGGCAGGCGAAGUGGGCGGUGACACGUUGCCAGAAGUGGACGUGCUAGUGAGUCUUGGACACGUGAUGAUGGAAAAAGGCAGCGUUAGUGCUGCAGUACAGGCAUUCACGCGUGCUGUGGAAAUUCGACCGGAUGAUCCCGCUCUUCAUUCGCUGCUUGGUCGUGCCUACUAUGCUGACGAAAAUCUGGAUGCUGCAGUGGCUUCCAUCACGAAGUCAUUGUCUCUCGAGCCGUCUGCGACAAACUCUACACUAUUGGGUAAGAUUCUCUUUGAAAAGGGUGACCAUGAGAAGGCGAUUGCGGCUUACCAGCGAUCUCUAGACAUGCAGAAGUAA